AUGGCCAACCCCCCAGAAAUAUCCCCACCUCGAGAGACACCAACGGCGACGUUGGCUUCGGUUGACAUCUCUCUAGAAUAUUGCUUCUACGAAGAGGAUAUCCCUCGGCCCUCACACUCUUUGGUCUCUGGAUUCGUCUUCAAUCAGAGAGGCUGUUCGUCUGUUUCGCCAUUCAACUUGGAGCUUGAGCUUCAAGAAAUGGCGGAACCAAGGCUCCCAAGCACAGAUUGUGACUUCGUUUGGCUCGAAGAAACGCUACACGAAGCAUUGCCUCGCCACACUGAGCCUCAAAUCCAUCACACGCCAAAAGUCGAGCCGUCGACUUCUCAUGGUGCUUUACAACGACUGUUUGAGAUUGGGAUGGAGAGACUGAUGACAUCGAAAAGACCAAGAGACUCAGAGAUUUUUAUCUUGGAAGGAGCCUCCCUUACCAGCCUUGCAGAGAUUGCCCCUGUGGUAUUCAAACCAGGAUACCGAGAGGCAAUCAACCAACGGGGUGUUGCUAUGCCCAUAAUCAACAAAGCGAUUUCUAUCAUGCUUCAAGGAAGUCAGAGUAUCUUCCUCCCUACCAAGCUCACACACUCUAUCCCUGACUCUUCUGACUAUCCAAUCAAACGCCCUCAUGGGGUCGAUUCCCAAGCAACAAAUCUGAAGACUGCAAUCCAUUCGAAGCUUUGGGAUAUCGCCCAACAAAACACAAGCAAGCUAAAGAUCCCAACACGGAGCUCAUUCUUGCUUCCAACAAAUCUCAACAGAAUGACUCAUAUAACAGAGAAUAACAUACCCCCAAUGCUCAUGAGCCAAGGUUUUGAUGACAUGUUACCUGGAACUUUCAUAGACCGCCAAGUCAAUUCAGUUGAAGGAGAGGAAAAGACACCCGCAAGCAUUUUGAGCGAGCCACACUCUCAAGGUGAGUCUGAAGAUCACCUGCUAGACAACGACAGCGAGACCAGCUUCACGGAUAUCUGUGAUUCGACCCAAAGUUCCCUUGAUACUUUGUUCUCGGCCGCUGCUUCCUCUCAAACCGUCUUGAGUGACGACGACAACAUGCUCCUCUCGGAUUACCGGGAUCCAAGUUGCGAAGAGGCCUAUGUGACAUAUUCAUACCCCCUGGAGAAUAUACAAACCGGGGACGAAGAUCUCAUCAUGAUGGAUGAAGUUUAA